AUGGUACAUACUUUCGGAAUCGGUGAGUGGUUGAAAAAGCUGACCACUGUGACAAAGGCCAGUGUAGGUGUAAUUGAGUUGGGUCUUAGUAGAACUAUCAACCUCUUCUACGCCAAAUGGGGAUGUCCCGGAGAGACCUACUUUGGCGAACUGUCAAUGGAUUUGGAGGCCGAUCUUUCGAUGGAUGCAACCUAUGCCUACUAUCUCUCCGCAACAUUUAUUCCCCCUGGCAAACCGGAGACCUUUGCAUACUUUGGAAUGGAGCUUGGGGCCUACAUUGGCUUGCACGUCGAAGGCAGAGUUAUAGCGCAGACACAGACUGAGCGAAAGAAGAUAAUCGAUAACCUCACUUACCCCGGACUAGCUAUGAAGGGAAUCGCGGCUGUUGGGCCUACCUUGGAUAUUUACGGCCAGCCUCAGGACAAUGACUUGCAAGCAAAAUACUCAACACUGCUUGGUCUAGAGAGUAAAACUGAAUCUCCUGCCCCGGGGACAGUUGAACCAGUGUUCCACGCCGGAGUCGCCGUCGAUACCCAGAUCGAUAUUCUCAUCACCCCACAAGCCAGUAUUGGCAUCAAGAUUGGCGGUGGCAAGAUUGUUACCGGCAAGACCUUGAUGGAUGUUCAGCUAAGCGGCUAUGUGGACACUGACCUCUCCUUCCAGGCUCACAGUGACUACGACACGUCUGACGAUGCUUUCCACUAUCGAUUUGGGGCCUAUCUGUACUACAAUAUUGGGUACAAGGCAGUGGCCAAGAUUCUCAGCUACAUUGACUGGGCAACGGGAGAUCGCAAAGCAUAUUGGCCUGAUAAAAUGCUCAAAUUGUACGAAAAGACGGUGGCUGGCGCUCAACGGCAUGAGAAUGAGGCAGAUCUGUCUGGUAACAGUACAAUGUCCGUUUUGGAACCAGCUGCCGAUAUAUUCCGCCGAGCUGACAUUACGACUUUGAACCCUAAGACUCCCAUGUUUACUAAAAAGAGCCAUUGUCCGGCCGGAGCUAGUGGCUUCCAGCUUCCAGAAUUGCGUUUCAAUUGCGGCUUCCUUGGCCCAUACCAGGGUGUAAACGAGAUUCGUGAUGCCGAUAAUGAUCUUACGGAAACGCUCACAUAUGAUGUGCCCGGUCUCUGUGACAAUAUUGUCAGUCUUAUGCCAUUACGCUCGAAGUUCACAUUCGCCCAACACGAAAAAUGGAACUUACUAACAAAGCGGCGAUAUGGAGACAACAAGAAGCUAUCAUGGGCCUUCAAAAGAGACUAUGAGACUUCCUGGAUUAACGCUCAAACACCACUCACGCCUGCAGACUGGUCGAAUGCCAACCCACCGACAUGGGACAAGCCCAACUAUGAGGGACCCCUUACCAUGGACUCGGUUCUUUGCGCGAUCAAUCAUUUUAAUCAGGACGACGUGUACAAACUACCAGGUGUGAAAGUCGAGUCAGAUGGAAAACCAAUAGGCAAGCAAAAAGAGUACAACGCGCUUUGCAAGAGAACUAAAGGCAGUGGCAUCCGCCACGCUGAGGCUUGGGGUAUUGACUAUGUAAUGGCCAGGUGUUUGAUUCGUUUCCAGAACAGCGCGAGCGGCAGCUCAAGCACAUCUAAACGGGAUACUCAGGAGUGGGAUGCAUGGAAAGUUGAAAGUAUUGAAUAUGUGGAGGAUAUGAACAAUGCCGACAUGGCUCAGUUAUUGGGACCUGCGAGUCUGGAUGGUUAUGAAGGUAAAGGAAACUUGCCUUGA